AUGCCCUGCACCAGCUUAUCUCAGAGCGACUGCAGCCAGGCCAUCUGUGCCCUGACGCCUGCCAACACCUGCCACAGCACCAUCACACCAUUUGGCCUCCUGCUCCACUGUGGCUGCGAGCAAGCAGACGAAGUGGGCCAGUGGCCACGUGGACUCCUGCUGCACAUGGCUGUUGUAUCAAACAAGGUCCUUCAGCAUCACUUCAACUUCAGCCUAAAAUCUUCAGAGAUGAUGCUCAACGCAGGGCAUCCUUUGCAGAGCAGCCUUUUUUACCUCCUCCUCCUCUUUACUGCUUCCAGAGGAAUGAGGCUGCCCAGGGAAAGUGAUAUAGAUUGGCAGGGUUGCAAAACUGCCUCACAAGAUAUCCUCAAGCAUCUGCAGAAGCUGAACGUAACGAAAGUGGAAAAACGGAUAAAUAUUUCAUUGCCUCGGCAGAUUGAAUGCAAUGAUCAUUGUGAUCCAGAUUCCUUGAGCAAGAAUAGCACGCUGUGUCUGAUGAAGAUUCGUCGGGGCCUUCACCGUUAUCAGGAACUUUUGACACAGUAUGCAAAGUCAGAUACAACAACUGGGCUCCGAACAGCUGUGACUAAUUUGUUGAAGCUCCUUCGGGAAGAUGAAAGCAACAGCCCAGCCAAACAAUUGCAAGAAUGGGAGAAAUCGCAUGUAGCGGAUGUCAUCCUACAGCGCCUGCAGUUGUUUGCAAUUUUGGUGGCACGCGUCUUUUCCCAUUGUGCCACAUUGAAUAGGGAUGUAACUAUCUGA